AUUCUUCCAUAAAAGAAAAAAUAAAUAAAAUGAAACCUGCUUCUGCUGGAACAGUUUAUAAGCAGGUAUAAUAGUUGUUUUAGUUAUUUAAAACUAUUUUGAAGAGUACUUUUUGAAAAAACUCCCUCUAUCUAAACAACAAUGGAUAUCAAAACAGAACCUAAUGAUCUCGUAGGAGAAGUAAUAGAAGCCGAAUAUGUCUUUGCCGCUCCAUUAGGCGUUGUUAAAGUAGAGCCCCCCGACGAGGACAUUCCAGUGGAAGUGCCCGAAAUAUACGACACAGAAGUAAAAGCUGACAACUUCUUCAUAACAAAAACCGAUUUAGACAAGAUAAAUAAACCCAAAACGAAGGCUAAGAAAUCCAAGACACCCAGUAAACAAAAAGUUAAACAACCUGUACCAGAAAGAGUGAAAUCAGUAAAUAUUAAAGACAAUAUCAACGAAGUACGACCCCUUCAGAAAACUAAGAAACCGAGUGAACAAAAGGUUAAACAAUCUCUACCAGAAAGCUUAAAAUUAGUCAACAUUAAAGAUAAUAUCGACGAAGUUAAAGCUUUGACGGUAAAUAUAGACGAUCUGGAUGAUAUUAAAGAUGAUGUAGAUGAGGUGAAGGUUAAGGUUGAAUUAGUAAGUGAAGAUUAUGAUCUAACGAAAGCAGCUGAAGAAGAACCUAGCAGUAGCAAGCAGCUUCAGAAACGAUCGAAAUCUACUAAAAGGAAAAGGAAAGUUGAAAAAUCGUCGAAGAAGAAGAAGACAAGGUAUCCGUGUCCAGUUUGCAAAAAAAGUCACAAAACAACUACCUCAACGCUCCUACAUAUAUCUUCCCACUUUAAGAAACGUCCCAUAAUCUGUCGUUGUGGGCAAAGUUUCAUUAGGAAAAAUGAGCUUCUGUACCAUUACUCAUCUCAUUUAGUAAAACUAAAAUCUCGAAAUGUUUACCAUUGUAAGAUCUGUAAGAAGCUAUUUGUGAAUAUUUUAGACUUGUACAUACAUUCAAGAGGUCACUUAAAGAAAAAACCCAAGGGGAAAUCAACCAAAGAGCAAUUUCCUAUGAGAGAGAUCAAAUUUGAAGAAGUAAAUGUUGAUUUAGAAGAGGAGGAAUUGGUAAAAGUUGAUUAUGAUGGUAUAAAUAUACAAACUCACCAAUGCCAUAAGUGUUUCCAGAAUUUUUCUACCAAAUUCGACUUGGACAAGCAUCUUACAGUACAUGUAGGAGACAAAUCAUUAGAGUGUCCCACUUGCUAUAAAAAAUUUGCCAAGAGGCACAAGUUAAAGGCACACAUACUGACUCACAGCGAAGAUAGGCCCUUCGAAUGCGAGCUCUGUUCGAAACCAUUCAGACUGAAGCAGCAUUUAGCUGCCCACAUCAAAACACAUACUGCAGAGAAGGUAUUCAAGUGUAACGUUUGUGCCGAGCCUUUUAAAUCUCAGAGAGAGGUUUACAAUCACGUUCUAACCACUCAUAAAGGUGAUAAACCCUUUAAAUGUGACAUUUGCUCAAAGGAAUAUACAGUACAAGCUACGUUGAGUAAGCACUUGCAAGUUCAUACUGGCGAAAAGCCAUUUCAGUGUGCUUUUUGCUCUAAACGUUUUGCUUUGAAGGAAUACUUGAAAACUCACAUGCGUGUCCAUAGUGAUGCUAAAAAGUUUGCUUGUGAUCAGUGCCCUAAAGAGUUCUCGAAGAAAGUGAAUCUAAAUUAUCAUAUGCGUAUUCAUACUGGGGAAGACUUGUUCGAAUGUGAAAUCUGUUUUAAGAAGUUCUCUGUGAGACAAAAUCUAACGAAUCACAUGAAGAUCCAUUCUGGAUAUAAGCCAUACACUUGCAGCUUUUGCUUGAAGCCUUUCGUCACCAACUGUCACUUGAAGGAGCAUGUCAAGGUCCACACCGGCGAGAAACCCUUUAAAUGUGAAAUAUGCAAUAGAGAGUUUUCGAAGAAGGCCAGCAUGAUCAAACACAAGAGCGUCCAUACGGGGGAGAAUAGGUUUAAGUGCGAAGUGUGCCCGAAACAGUUUACGCAGAAGUGGUUCUUGAAGGACCACAUGAACAUCCAUACUGGAGAAAAACCUUUUAAAUGUGAUCUGUGUCCUAAAAGUUUUGGUCAGAGGAGAAGCUUGAAGUGGCAUUUGAAAGCGCACAAUAAGAAAAGCAAGAAAAAGUUGGAGGCUUGAAGCUGAAUCAUUUCUUAUUGCGAUCUCUUUUAGUUUUUUAUUAUGAUAUUACCCCAUUUUUUUAAAAACUUGUGGUAGAUAGCGAGAAUGAGUAGUCUUAUAUAAUAAUAUAAAAAAGAGCAUAACACUUGGGGAGUGCUGACAGAAGUGAAUGCUUCUUAUAGCGCCUUAUAGUACAUUCUUUCACGGUUUUUGCUCUAAAUUUUAAAGAACCGCUUGGAUUGACAUGAAAUUUGGCAUAGGUAUAGCUUACAUGUCAAAUAAAAAAAGUGAUAUUGUGCCGAUGUGUGCUUUUGCCCUGGGGGUGACUUUCACCCACUCUUGGGGGUGAAAAAAUAUAUAUCCAAAAUAAGUCCGGAAAUGGGUAAACUGACUAAUUUUAAGUAACUUUUGUUCUAUAGAGCUUUUUCGCCAAGUCCACACUUUUCGAGUUAUUUGCGAGUGAAUAUGUUCAUUUUUCAACAAAAUAACCACAUUUUUGGACGGUUUUUUGCAAAUAACUCAAGAACUAAGUAUUUUGUCGAAAAAAACGUUCUUAGCAAAAAUAUAGCCUAUAAAAAAGUUAAAAAAAUGGUGUACGCGUUAGGUCUCUAGAUCUUGUAGAACCAGAGUUAUAGCCAAUGAAAAAUAGAUUCAUAUUCACCAAAUUUCAAAAAGAAUAUUUCGACGUGAAAUAUCCACAAAAUUAAGCACUUUUUGGGGAAAACUCACUAUAACUUUUUUAAAGUGUUAAAAAAAAGCUUUAUUUCUGUUUUUAGAAAAAGUUUCUAGCAUUUAAGCAAGUUACGCUCAAAAUAAAAUUGGCCCCUUUUGUUUUGGCGAAAAAAAAUCGGGAAGACCACCCCCUAAUUAGCAACUUAAAUGAAAUUAAUCGUUACCUCUCCACAAAUUAUUUUACUUAUGUUGUGUUUAUAUGAUCUGUAAGUUUCAUCGAUUCAAAGUGCUUAUUUUUGAAAAAAAAUUGGUUUCAAAGUAGAAUUUUUAAAAAUAUUUAUUUUUAAAAAUAUGCUUUUUUUCAAAAUAACUUAAAAAUUGUUAGAGAUACCAAAAAUCUCGAAAAACAAAAAAGUCAGCAUUGCUUUUCUGAAUAUCAUGUAUUUUUUUGUUUUUCUGUUAGACAAAAACUGAUUAAGAUUUGGUGUUUCUAAAUUUGCAUACAUUCGUGAUCAGUGACUCGUUCAACCCCUUUUAACUACAGCCCUUUCAAUAAUAAGGACUUUGAACCGAUGAAACUUACAGAUCAUAUAAACAGUACAUACACGAGUCAAGAAACUUGUGAAGUCAUAACGAUUAAGUUCAUUUAAGAUAUUAAUUAGGGGGUGAUUUUUUCGAUUUUUUUACCAAAACAAAAAGGGACUAACUUUAUUUUGAGCGUAACUUGUUUACUUUUGAUGUUAGAAUUUUUUUUUAUAAAGCAAAAAAUGAAGCUCUUUUUUUAAACACUUUAAAUAAGUUGUAAUGAGUUUUGCCCGAAAUGUGCUUCAUUUUUGGUUAUUUCACGUUAAAGUAUUCCAUUUGGAAUUUGACGAAUAUGAACCUAUUUUUCAUUAGCUAUAACUCUGCUUCUACUAGGUAUAGAGACGUGAUAUACAGUGCGUCCAUAAAGUAACGCAUAAAUUCAUUAUUUCGUAAACCGGCGACAUUAAGGAAAAAUCCCGAAACAGGUCGAUUUUUAUUUUUAAAUUCCGAUUUUUUUGCAUAUAUAUCAUACUGGUGACGUCAUCCAUCUGGGCGUGAUGACGUAAUCUAUGAUUUUUUUAAAUGAGAAUAGGGGUCAUGUGAUAGCUCAUUUGAAAGGGUAUUCAAUUCUCUAUUGACUAAUAUAAACAUUAACAUAAUUAUUUAUACAAGGUGUUCAAAAAAACAUUUUUUAAAUUAAAAUAAUUGAGACAAAAAGAAGAAUGUAUGUAAUUUAUUUAAUUCAAAAUACGUUUUACUGUUGUCAGAAAACAGGAAAAAAAUGUUUAUUUGACAAAUAAAUAUUGUUUUCCGCUUAAAUUCAAUGUUAAAGCUGCCACCCACCUGUCUCUUGGUAGUUUGAACAUUUCGUUUAAGCGAAAAUCAAUGUUUAUUUGUCAAAUAAAUUUUUUUCUGUUUUCUGACAGUAGUAAAAUGUAUUUUGAAUUAAAUAAAUUACAUAUAAUAUUCUUCUUUUUGUCUCACUUAUUUUAAUUAAAAAAAGGUUUUUUGAACACCCUGUAUAAAUAAUUGUGUUAAUGUUUAUAUCAUUGGAUAGAGAAUUGAAUACUCUUUCAAAUGAGGUAUCACAUGACCCCUAUUCUCAUUUAAAAAAGUCAUCGAUUACGUCAUCACGCCUAGAGGGAUGACGUCACUAGUAUGAUAUAUAUGCCAAAAAAUCGUAAUUUAAAAAUAAAAAUCGACCUGUUUCGGGAUUUUUCCUUAAAGUCGCCGGUUUACGAAAUAACGAAUUUAUGCGUUACUUUAUGGACGCACUGUAUACACCAUUUUUUAAAUUUUUUACAGGCUAUAUUUUUGCUAAGAAUGUUUUUUCGACAAAAUACGUACUAUUUGAGUUAUUUGCGGAAAACCGUCUAAAAGCGUGGUUAUUUUGUUUAAAAAUGAACAUAUUCACUCGCAAAUAACUCGAAAAGUGUGGACUUGGCGAAAAAGCUCUAUGGAACAAAGUUACUUAAAAUUAGUCAGUUUACCCAUUUCCGGACUUAUUUUGGACAUAUAUUUUUUCACCCCCAAGAGGGGGUGAAAAGCACCCCCAGGGCAAAAGCACAUAUCGGCACAAUAUCACUUUUUUUCUUUGACUUGUUAGCUAUGUGUAUGCCAAAUUUUAUGUCAAUCCAAGCGGUUCUUUAAAAUUUAGAGGUUUUGCAAUAUUUGACCGUUAAAGAACGGACUAUUAUUACUAAUAUGUAGGUUAUGCCUGGUUGCACCAACAUAUUUUAAUUUUAAGACGUGCCUUAAGCUCCUCUUAUGAAACAAAUGCGUCGCACCAUUGAAUCUUAGAUCAAUUUGCAGCUUACCACAAUAGAUUGCCACAUGGAUUGCAUCUUAACCUUCGUCACAGUAAGACAUGCUUAGAUAAGAAUUGAAAAUUAUGGUGCAACUUAAGUGAGACUUGAAGCGUAUCUAUAAGCUGAGCUGGGCUAAGCUGGAUCUUAAGAUUUAUUGGUGCAACCAGGUAUCAAUGAAAUUUUGAUGCCCGGUUGCACCAACAGUUCUUUAGCUUAAGUCGAGAAUAUCAUAAGAAUUAAUAUAAUAUAAUUAUAAUAUAUUACAAUAAGAAUACCAUAAUAUAAUAAUAGAUAUAAUAGAUAAUAAGGUAAGAAUCUAAAAUUAUGGUGCAACUUAAGUGAUACUCAAGGAGGCAAUAUUUUAUAAGUAGAGCUUAGCUAAGCAGGAGCUUAAGAUCUGUUGGUGCAACCAGGCAUAAAUGAAUCAAUUCUAUUCAAUUUGAUCCGAUUUUAUAUAAUUAUAUUUUAUGCAAAUAAUUUUAAAUCAAAAUUAGACAAAUCGAUGCAGUCAUUCUCAAGUUGUUAUAACAAAAUAUUGUAUAAAAUUACAAUGAGUGUAGAUGUAUGUAUAUUAUGUAUAUUACUGUAUACCUCAAGGUUACUGCACGCCCCUCGAUUUUUCGCUAUGAAUUAAGUUAAAUAGGAUUUCAGGCCCGUGCAAAAACAUCAUACUGACUGAUAAGAAAUAUUCACUUCAAAAAUGGUAGUGAAUGCCUUGAAGGAAUGAUAUUUUAGUACUCUCUAAAAGUACCUAUAUUUCUUAGUUUUCCUUACAUAGAAGAUAUUUUUUUUAAUGUAUGUAAUGCUCAUUCACGACAAUGUGUUGUGAUUAUUUGGAAAGAUUGGUAUACAAAUCAUGUACUGGCCAUCUGGCGGCCCUGAUCUAAAUCCUACAGAGAAUUUGUAAUCAAGACCAAAUACAAUGCUUGAUUUUAAGUGUGACUAGUCGCUGUGAAAAAAUAAUUGGAAAUCGUUAUCAUCAAGGCCUUUCAUUCCUGAUGGACUGUUUGGUACUCUUACUUAGAGCUCUUUGAUUCACUUUUUGUGGUGUAUCACUCCGCAUUCUUCUUGUUUAUUGUCUGUUUGUUGUAUGACUUGGCUUUCGUUACAAUUUUCUUACACUCAUUCCGAUUUAUGCAUAGGUCCUCCAGUUUCUCACUUUCAGGAUUUUAAUACCUCUAAUGAUCUGUUUCUCUGAUUGUUUUUGUGAUGAGGACUUUUUAAAAUUUUGUAUAUUGUACUAACUAGAGACAUUCCUCUAUAUACGUUUCUGUUGUUGAAUAAUAUGUAGUCUAUUUCAUUCUUUGUUAUUCAAUUUGGCUUUGUUAGGUCCAUCUUUCCUUUUCCGGUUUUUAAAGAAUGUAUUGGUAUUGGAUGUAUAGUUUUUUUCUUUUGCAUAAUUUACAAGUAUUUCUCCCCUAUUAUUUCUUUCUCCGAAUCCAUUGCUCUUCCUUUCGUCGUAUUUGUGCAUUUUUUUUCAUUUCUUCUUCUAAUUUCAGUAGAUUUUCUUCCGAAAUUAGUAUGCCUAUGUUGAACGUAGCUCUAUGAACCACUCAAUUGUGUGAUUUUUUGCACAGUACAUGUUUUGUUAUGUGUCUGGUUCUGGUUUUUCUUAUCUCGAGACCCUGUCUCUACUUGCGGGGGGUAAUUUGUUUCGGAUAUUCCACAUUUAUUAAGGGGUGUUUUAGCUUUAACUUGUCACGCUUUCUAGGCUGGUUGGCAAGUACCUGUUGGUCUAGAGGAUAUAUAUUAUUUCUCCCCUAUUUGUAAGGUUCUUGAACUCACAAGUGGAGCAUAGAGUUUCAGUGAAAACGCGCCAUCGAGUUCUAUUUUUCGCUAAAGCCUUCACCUCAUUCCAAGACGUUCCUUGACCAUUUAUCUCGUCUAGGAUGGAUCUUCUCCAAGUUUGUGCUAUGGGACCGUUCCAACCCCACUUUCUGGCCUUAUUUCAUUUUCCUAUUUCCCCUACCCAACUGCAAAUCGGAUCAGGAUCCGCCACCUGGGGGCCCGCUCUUUAGUGGUUACAGGUUCCCCCGAGAUUAAAGUACGCGAAUUAAUUUCAGCAUUUUCACUUGUAUUUUAACUUAUAGAUAAGAAUGAAGCUCUUAAUAUUACUAUAAAUCCUUUAUUUAAAAUUUGGGAGCAGUAUGUAGUAGUAGAAUUUUUUAACUGUCUGGUUUCUAAUUCUCUUCCAUUAAAACUUCUUUCUCAUCUUUCCAGGUUUCACUUCGACUGCUCCCCUACGAAGCCACUUCAGUUCUCAUUUCGGAUCAAUCUGGGUUGUUUGCUAUUUCUGCGGUAAGCUCUCGUUUACCAAAGACGAUUUUAUCCAACACUUCUUCCAACAUUUCACAAAGUUACAUUUGAAAGAGCUCAAGCAGAAACCGGCGGGUAAUUUCAGUAAAAAGAAGAAGAUCGCUAACGGAUCAAGCAAUAAACGAAAAAAAGAAUCUGAGUAUAGUAGAUUAGUGUUUAAA